AUGGAUGCACUUUUUACCCCGCUUGCCAACGCGGUUGGCGCCAGCGUGGACCAGAUCAAGCUUAUCUUCUGCUUGCUGGUCGCAUAUCCGCUAGGAAGCCUGUUCACGCGUGUCCCGUCGUCGAAGCCAGCGCUUCGCCACCUUUACAGCGUGACGGUCGCCGUCUUGUUCUUCUUCCCCAUCCUGAAGAUCUAUUCGGCGUUCUUCCAACUGCUGGGAAGCAUUUUGGCAACGUAUUUCAUUGCGAAGUAUGACAAGAGCAAGAAGAUGCCGUGGGUUGUCUUUGUUAUUGUCAUGGGACACUUGACUGUGAACCACGUCAUUCGAGCCAUCUAUGGAUUCAGCUAUGAGACUAUGGAAGUGACUGGACCCCAGAUGGUGCUGACCAUGAAGCUCACCACGUUCGCCUGGAACGUGUAUGACGGUCGACGGAAAGAAGAGGAAUUGGACAAAUGGCAACUCGCCAAACGCGUCACCAAGUACCCUUCCAUCCUCGAGUUCUUGGGCUACUCCUUCUACUUCCCUGGUAUCCUUGUUGGCCCCUACCUCGACUACGCCGAAUACAUGGACCUCGUCAACGAAGCCAUGUUCAAAGACGAGAAGAUCAAGCCAAAGAUCAAGCCCGGCCGUCGCCUCCCUUCUUACCGAAAGCGUGCUGCCUACACCCGUCUCGUCAUGGGUCUUGUCUACCUUGGUGUCUUUGUCGUGUUCGGCCCCAAGUUCUAUUACGCAAAGGGUGCCACAGAGGAAUUCGCUCAGCAGAGCUUGCUUCGCCGCAUUAUCCACUUCCAGGCUUUCGGACCUGUCGAGCGUUGCAAGUACUACGCUAUCUGGACUCUCACUGAGGGUGCCAGUAUCCUCACCGGUCUUGGCUUCACUGGUUUCGGUCCUCAUGGGGAGGCUCACUGGAAUGGUGCCGCCAACGUCAAAGUCUGGACUAUCGAAUUCCCUCCCAACUUCAAGGUUCUCCUCGAUUCGUGGAACAUGAAGACCAACGUCUGGCUCCGCGAGUGUGUCUACAAGCGCGUCACUCCCAAGGGCAAGAAACCCGGCUUCGCCAGCAGCAUGAUUACCUUCUUCACCAGUGCAUUCUGGCACGGUAUUGCUAGCGGCUACUACCUCACUUUCCUCAUGGGCGGUUUCAUCACCUCCGUUGCCCGACUCGUCCGAGCCAACAUCCGUCCCUUCUUCCUCCCCGCCGAAGGCCAGCCUCCCUCGAUCUGGAAGCACCUCUACGACCUCGUCGGUAUCAUCACCUCCGCCAUGAUCCUCAACUUUGCCGCAUCGCCCUUCAUCAUCCUCUCCGCCAAGGACUCCUUCACCACUUGGAAGAACCUCGGGUACUACGGACACAUCCUCGUCUUUGGCGGCCUGCUCUUCUUUUAUGCCGGCGGAACCAAGUUGUGCAGGUCGUUUCAGAAGCAGAUGGGUAUUGCGCCUCCUCCCAGGCGCGGUGCUGCCGCCCCCGCCGCGAACGGAAAGGCGAAUGGGAAUGGGACCCAGUCGGGUACCGAGACCCCUCUCAACGAGAAGAACUUUGUCCUGCCUCCCUCGGUUGACAAGGUUAUUCCACCACAAAAGUAG